AUGAGUAGCCCUCAGUCUCUGCUCGCAUCAGCUCGCUCGGCAUACCGCUCAGCCCUCCGCGCGUCGGCGUCCACGUUCGAUGGGGACCCAGUAGUGCGCAACGCGUUCCGCCUCAAGAUCCGUAACGAAGUUCUGCCAUACAGCUCCACUCUCGACCCGAAGCAGUUUGAGGAGAAGGUCACACUCGUGCGCGAGAUAGCUGACGUUCUUCGGAAGAAUGUCGUCCAAGCUCGGAAGGUCGAGCACUCGCAGAGCCCAGAACAGAAGGAUCUUUGGGAACUGAACAUCACUGAGCAUACGGAGCUCGGCUCGAACGAGACAAUCAAGCAGACCAAGGCAGCGAUGAGCAAUAGUGGAAGGAGAACAGAUGGUCCAAUGCUGCUCCUCAUGACCAGUCUCGACCAGUCCUCUUCCGCCGCUUCGACCGAGUCCAGGCCGAGCGUACCGCGCUACUACUCUCAGCUCAAGAAGGCACACAAAGAACGCGUGUUACCUGAGCUGAAGGAGGAAGAUCUGGAAGAGUCAUUUGUGCGAGGAAGCGGUCCCGGCGGACAAUCGGUGAACAAAACGGAGAACAAUGUACAACUUCUUCACAAGCCUACCGGUAUCCGCGUUACCUGCCAAGAGACUCGCUCGCUAAUGCAAAACAGGAAGUUGGCGAGAAAGAUACUGCUAGAUAAGUUGGAUGCGCUCUUCAACCCGGGUCUGUCCAAGCAAGAGAUGCAGAAAGCCAAGCAGAUCGAGCGAGAGCGGCGUCGGAGGAAGAAGGCCAAGAAGAAACAGCAAGGGAAGGACAAGGACAAGGAGGAUAGAUACGAAGAGACCGAAUUGUUAUCCUCAUAG